AUGGCGCCAAGGAAAGUCUUCACGAACAAGAUCACACAACGAAAACUUGUCGAAGCAGUCCUCGAUAUUCAGGCUCACAAGGCCAACUCCGAGGCUGGGAAGAAGAAUCAGGCGGAACUCACCCGUGUUGGGGUGACUGGUCUCAGCAAGCAAGUUGCUAGUGCAGCAAUUCGAAUCACGAUGCGCGCAUGGGACUAG